AACUAGGGGAGGAUAGUUACGCCCAUAGGGGAUAUAGGAGACUCUCCUGCUUCCUCCCCUCCUCUUACCUCACCAGCAACGAGAGACGUCCCGCCCUCCCGCCCCUUUUGUCACAGCUGGCAUGGAAAUGGUAUGACCUUAGAAGAUGGAAGAUGCCGUGGGCAGUCAUGCCCGUCGGGGAUCCGACGGUUGGAAUUCCUCUGCGGCUGUGGAACAGCAGAACAAGAGCAAAGAUGCCGUCAUGUCCUCCAUGUUGUGGUCUUAUCGUGGUUGGGUCCAAACAGCCGGUGCCUCUCAAGGGGAUCUCAGUUGACAUCCAGGUGAAAGGCUUUGUGGCUGAUGUGUCUGCAACGCUCAAGUACAAGAAUGAGGAGGAGAAGGCAGUGGAGGCCAUCUUUGUGUUCCCCAUGGAUCAGGACUCUGCCGUCUAUACCUUCGAAGCCACAUUGGAGGGGAAGACCAUUGUAGCCGAUCUCCAGGAAAAGAAACAGGCUCACAAGACAUACGAUGAGGCCAUCAAACAAGGUCAGCAGGCUUUUCUUCUGGAAGAAGACGAGAGCUCUGCUGAUGUAUUCAGCUGUAAUGUUGGGAACCUGGCACCUGGUCAGGAAGCUGAUGUGACCUUAAAAUAUGUGCGGGAGCUUCCAGUCGAGGCAGACGGAGCCGUUCGUUUUGUGCUUCCUGCCAUCCUCAACCCCAGAUAUACCCCAAAAGGCCAGGCUGUAAGUGUGACAGCCACCCGUCCACAGGUGCCGAUUGGAGAAAUCCCGUACACUCUGAGUCUGAGCACUCACUUCCACUCUGCAUAUGGCAUCGCCAAGAUAGAGUCCAACUGUGAUAUCAGCCCUGUGGAGUACAGUGAUGAAGGCAAGACCUCCGCCAAGGUAUCACUGGCUGAGGGUCACAAGUUUGAUCGAGAUGUGGAGCUACUCGCUUAUUACUCAGAAGUACAUAAACCGAGUGUAACUGUGGAGGCCGGGAUCAUAUCUUCUGAUGCUGCCAAAGAGCCAGAAUCAGUUGCUCACAAGUUAUGGACUCUAGUUCGGCAAAAAUUCAGCUCAAAAUCUCACUUUAGACUUGAAUCUUUGAUGACCAAGUCUGUCGCCAUGUUGAGCUUCUAUCCCAGUUUCCCAGCCACGCAGGAGCAGACAAACUGCGGAGAGUUUCUCUUUGUGGUGGACCGGUCUGGGAGUAUGGAGUGUCCAAUGAAUUCAGAGCCAAAUGCUCCACAACGUAUUCAGAGCGCUAAGGAGACCCUGGUGCUUCUUCUGAAGAGUUUGCCUCUUGGAUGUUACUUCAAUAUAUUUGGAUUUGGCUCAGAUUUUAAGUCUUUCUUCAUGGAGAGUAAAGAAUAUACACAAGAAUCCAUGGAUGAAGCUGUUAAGAAGGUCAAUGAGAUGAAAGCCAACUUUGGGGGAACAGAAAUCCUGAGACCCUUAAAAAAAAUCUAUGAAACUGCUGGAAGGCCAGACCACCCAAGACAGCUUUUCCUCUUUACGGAUGGAGAGGUCGGGAACACAAAAGAAGUGAUCGAUGAAGUUCAGAAAAAUGCUCAGAAUCACCGAUGCUUCACAUUUGGGAUCGGUGAAGGCGCCUCCACAUCCCUCAUUAAAGGCAUGGCCAGGGCUGGAAGUGGGACAUUUGAGUUCAUUUCUGGCAAAGACAGAAUGCAGACCAAGGUUCUUCGUGCUCUGAAAUGUUCCUUACAACCUACUGUGAAGAAUGUCUCACUGACUUGGUCUCUUCCCUCUGGCAUGGAAGCUGUUCUCCUGUCUAAAGUCCCCACCGCCAUCUUCCAAGGUCAAAAGGCUAUUGUCUAUGCCCAACUGAAAGGAAAGGUAGAGACUGAGGCAGAGGGUGAGGUUUGCCUACAGUACAACUUUAAGGAUGAACUUUUGAAGAACACCAUUCACUUCCCGCUUAAAGUUGAGAAAGUCGAAAGACCCACCAUCCAUAGACUGGCAGCCAAGUCUCUGAUCUCUGAGCUGGAGAGUGGAAAGGACUCAAAGUCUGAGGAGGUGAAGAAGAGAAUCCUGGAGACCAGUCUACAGUCUACAGUCAUCUCCUCACUCACUGCCUUUGUAGCUGUUAAUAAGGACACCAAGACUCCAGUGGAAGGUCCUCCAGUACAAAGAGACAUCCCUGCUCCAGGUUUCAUGUACGGUAUGCCACGUCUUAUGGCAUGUAGUAUGCCUAUGCCAAGAAUGGGAAAGGGAAUGGGUGCUCCGAUGGCCAUGUGUGCAGCUGCUCCGAUGGCCAGAAAGUCAGCAGCUCGGCCGCAAGUUGCUAAGAUGGCCAUUAAUUCAGCACCAGAACUUCAAGCACCUCAACACCAAGAUGCAGAUUUUGAAGUAGAGAAUUGUUACUCUUCUCCACCUGUACCGGAAGAGACCCCGUCUUUUCUCAAGUUAAUUUCCCUUCAAAAUGCUGACGGCUCCUGGAAUCUCAACCCUGAAUUCUCCUCAGUGCUGGGAAUACCUCUGCAGGACAUCAGCAGCAAGAAUCCCCAUCAGAAUAUGGGCUCAGUGUGGGCGACAGUCCUGGCAGUGAUCUGGCUCCAUUUAUCUUGUCUAGACCAGAGAGAAGAAUGGGAAUUACUGGAGGGGAAAGCCGUCUCGUGGCUUAAGGCCAAAGCAGGUUCCUCCCUGGAUCAGUUUGUCAGUGCUGGGAAUGAGCUCCUGAAAACCUCUGUGGAGCCUAAAGUAUUUGGCCUGUAAAAUGAAGAAUAAAGAUGGCAGAAGGUCUCUACGACUGAAUCCUGGAAUGUCACAGUUUCUUCUUUUUAGUUUGGAUGCAGUUUACAUAAUAAUAUCUCUCAUUAUCACAUCUCUCAAUAUUACUCUUCAUAUAAGAAACAAGCCAAAGAUAUAAGUGACUCUAGAAUAUAAUCUUCUACUUACAUUCUCAUAAUACUGGAUCUUCUAUAUCAACAAUAAAGUUAAAAUGUUAAAGUGAAUUCAGUUAUGCUUGCAAGGGAAGAGUCUUUAGGGGACUGAUACAGGUAAUUCAUCAGGAAAGCACCAGAUUGUUGACCUGUUUUUACAGCUAAUAUCAGCCAAGAAUGACUCAAGUUAGAAAAAGCCUGGAGCCUACAAGGUGAAAAGUGGGACAGGAAGCCUAGA